UACCGUUUCCUCCCCGUUUCAAAUUAGGGCUCCAAGCUGUCAUUUCCCCCCGCGCCUCAGUGUUUCACAGACCUGCGAGGAGCUUUGCAGAGGUUCGAUUCAUGGCGAACGAAUCAGACAUGAGCGGCUGGACCGAUCUCCUCCACUCCUCCACGAAGCUUCUCGAGCAGGCCGCUCCUUCUGUUCAGUUCCCCCCUCUCCAGAGGAAUUUGGAUCAAUUAGAAGCCUUGUCAAAGAAGCUCAAGGCGAAAACUCUACGAACCGAGGCUCCUUCUCAGUCAAAUGCUGCUACGAGGCUACUUGCCCGUGAGGGAAUAAAUGCGGAGCAACUUGCUCGGGAUCUUAAAUCUUUUGAAAUUAAGACCACGUUUGAGGAUGUUUUCCCAGCCGAGGCAACAAGUGUUGAUGAGUAUUUGCAACAGGUUCGCGAAAUGGCAGUGGUCUCAGCUGUCCAAGAAGCUCAAAAGGAUAAUCUUAGAAGUUUCAGUGAUUACAUGAUGAAAGUUUUGGAGGAAGAUUGGCAAAAGGAAAAAAGGAACUUUCUUCAGAGUUUGACUCGAAUUUCUACAUUACCCAAGACUAACUUGGUUGAUUCAAGCACAAGAAGUCCUCUUCCAGGUCAAAUAGUGUCCAUGGCUUCUACUUCUCAGGUUUCAUCUGGUCCUUCUAGCAUGGAGCUUGCAGUUCUAGCUAACAAGCCUAUCCUUGAGAAAAAGGCUUCUGUGUAUGCUGAAGUUGUGAAGAAUCUGAACAAUGCACGAGAGCGUGGCUUACCAUUUAAACCUGCAGCAGCUUUCAAGGGGGCUUAUGAAAGUUUAGGUCUUGAGACAUCUGGUGGAAAAUCAGUGAGCAUGCAGAAGAUAUGGCACCUGGUUCAGUCAUUGGUGGGAGAGGGUAUAACUGUUCAACGGGGUGUUUCAAGAAGAAUGUCAUUAGUAAUUGGUGCGAGACGCCACCUGGAAUGGGGGCAUGAGAAAUAUAUCAUGGAUACCAUCCAAAGUCAUCCUGCACAGGCUGCUCUUGGUGGGGUUGUAGGAAAUUUGCAGAGAGUUCGUGCCUUUCUUCGGAUUCGUUUGAGGGAUUAUGGGGUUCUAGAUUUUGAUGCAGGUGAUGCUCGUAGGCAGCCUCCAGUUGAUACCACUUGGCAGCAGAUAUAUUUUUGCUUGAGAACUGGCUACCAUGAUGAAGCAAGAGAAGUUGCCUCGUCAUCUCGUGUUUCACACCAGUUUGCUCCUCAGCUUACUGAGUGGAUUACCACUGGAGGUAUGGUAUCAGCUGAUACUGCCACCAUUGCUUUGGAAGAAUGUGAAAAAUUGUUAAGGAUGGGUGAUCGGAUUGGUCGAGCUGCAUAUGACAAAAAAAAGUUACUUCUUUAUGCUAUGAUAUCUGGUUCUCGCAGGCAGAUUGAUCGCCUGCUUAGAGAGCUUCCGACUCUUUUUAACACCAUUGAAGAUUUCUUGUGGUUCAAAUUGUCGGCUGUAAGGGACUGCCCUGCAGGAUCCUCCUCUAUUGUCCUCAAUGAGGGCUUAAUACCCUACAGCCUGGAUGAUUUGCAGGCUUAUUUAAAUAAAUUUGAGCCAUCAUAUUAUACAAAAAAUGGAAAGGACUCUUUGGUAUAUCCGUAUGUUUUGCUUUUGAGCAUCCAGUUGCUACCCGCAAUCCUAUACCUGUCCAGGGAAACAGGUGAUGAAGGAUAUAACAUUGAUGCUACCCAUAUAGCUAUUGUGUUGGCGGACCAUGGUAUUAUUUCUGAAGGUGCUGGAGCCGGGCAGAAACUGGGGAUGAUGGACGCUUUUGCAGAGACAUCUAGCUUGAUCAGGCAGUAUGGUUCAGAGUAUUUUCGCCUUGGUAAUCUUCCAAUGGCACUGGAAUAUUAUGCACAAGCUGCAGCCACAGUGGGUGGUGGUCAGCUGUCAUGGUUUGGGAGAGGUAAUGUGGAUCAGCAAAGGCAGAGGAGCCUGAUGCUGAAGCAACUCCUAACUGAGCUGUUGUUAAGGGAUGGUGGGAUUUAUCUGUUACUUGGUUCAAGAGGCACUGAAGAAGGUGAGCUGCAACGUUUUCUGACUGAUGCAAAAACCAGACAACAGUUUCUGCUUGAAGCUGCACGCCAGUGUCAGGAAGCUGGGCUUUAUGAAAAAUCUAUAGAAAUCCGGAAGAGAGUUGGAGCAUUUUCUCUGGCGCUGGAUACAAUUAAUAAGUGCCUUUCAGAAGCAAUUUGUGCCCUGUCACGUGGUAGAUUGGAUGGUGAGAGUCAGACUGCUGGACUGAUUCAUUCUGGCAAUGAGAUCUUGGAGGCAUAUAAGUAUUCUCCUGAUGCGAGCUUUCAAGAGAGAGAAGUUUUGGAGCAACAAACUGUGUUAAGACAGCUUGAAGUAAUCUUAUCUGUUCUUAAAUUGGCAAGAGUGGGUCACCAUGUGGAUGCCUUAAGGGAGAUUGCCAAGCUUUCAUUUCUGCCGCUAGAUCCUCGAGCACCAGAUAUCACAACUGAUGUGUUUCAAAGUUUAUCUUCACAUGUCCAAUCUUGCGUGCCAGACCUUCUGAGAGCUGCUCUGUUUUGUCUGGACAAUGUGACAGAUACCGAUGGAUCACUUCGUGCCUUGAGGACGAAGAUUGCGAAUUUUCUUGCCAACAAUUUAAAUCGGAACUGGCCUCGUGAUUUAUAUGAAAAGGUUGCCCAGAGUUUAUGAGUCAAACAAACUAUGAUGGUUUGAGAUGCUCCUCCCUCUCCUGCCAAACAAUUGACAUGCUGUGAUCUGAGUCGAGGUGAUGAUAUGUUGUGAAGAACUUUUGUACAAAAUAGUUCAGUUGGGUUAUGUCCAUUAGUCUUUUUGCAAUUGAGGUGUUAGCAGAAGAGCAGCAGUUUUGUUUAGAUUUACUUACCCUUGUCGGUUUAAAGGGGGCAAGAAAAACUACAGCUUACUGUAUGUUCUACCUCAUUAUCAGCAGUUGUUAGUACGGAAUUUUCUCUCUGGGGUUGAUGUGAAGCCUAAAUUCUCAUCUGCAGUUUUUUCUUUUCGGUUAAUGACUUGUGGAGAGAGGGAACUGGCAUCUGCUAAAUGAUGCGGUGCCAUUCAUCAUGCCCCGUGUUUAAUUGAAGGUAGCUGACUUAUUCAUGCUCUCAUUUGUCAUGUUAUUACUGUUUUCUCCUAGUUUUCUAAAAUUCACACCUUUUGUUGCUCAAUAUUUGGAGAGGGAUGAGAGUGUUGGCUUCUAGCUACCAUAAUAUUUCACGAUCAUGAAGUCGAAGUGUUGUUUCUGAAAGUAAAUCAAAACUGUGAGCAUAAGCUUUUCGGACAAGGUUGUGACGCAUGCAGUGGGAAGGAAAGUUCAUUUUCCUGUUAAUGAAAUGAUUGUUGCGAAGCAAAGAUAUCUUUGCAUGGAUUUCUUCUCUCAGUAGAAUUGGAUCCCCCAUUGUUUUGUCGUAGAAGUUCUGUAAUGUUGGCCAGGGCCUGCAGGACGAACUUACCCCAGCUAUGAAAAUGCAUAGUUUAGGUUUGGUGUGCAGCCUACAGCAAUUAACUGUGCAAUCAUUUUUGUAGCCAUUUUCUCGGGAGAAAAAAAUUACCCUGAUGUGGAUUCAAUCGGAGUAUGAACUAAUUGGAUUUGGUGUAAAUAUUCCUGAUACAUAUAUAUGUGUUUCUUAAUAGUAUCUUAAUGCGAGCAUUAAAGCAGCAUAAAA